GCGACAACAUUUCUGGAUCACAGCAGGAAGAGAGGCGGUCAAGAGAGCUCGCAACGAGUGUCUGGCGUGUCGGCGUUUCCGACCAAAAGCAGCGCUACAGAUGAUGGCGGACGUUCACAGGGCCCGGCUAGGUGCUCACCAGCCUCCGUUCACCUACACCUCCGUCGACUAUUUUGGCCCCAUUGACAUCGCCUACCACAGAGGGACGGCCAAGCGAUGGGGCGCCCUGUUUACGUGUUUAGUGACGCGUGCCGUGUACGUCGACGUGGCGAUCUCUUUAUCAGCCAACGAUUUCUUGCUGGUUUUGCGCCGCUUCGUUUCUAUCUACCGCAAACCAGCUGAGAUGUUCUCCGACAACGGAACUAAUUUGACCGGGGCAGAGCGACUAUUACGUGAAGAGCUGGAGAGACUAAAGGAGAGUUCGGCGUUGGAGACGGAGCUCAAAGCUCUCGGGAUUCGAUGGUGGUUCCAGCCAGCCCAGACACCCCACUUUGGCGGAGCUCACGAAUCGCUGGUGCGUUCGGUCAAGCGAGCGCUCUACCCCGUGCUGGACAAGGAGUUGAACGGACAGCGUAAUCCGAGCGAGGAGAUUCUUCGGACGCUCCUGUUUGAGGUGUCAGGACUGCUCAAUUCCCGCCCUCUGACUUAUGUCAGCUCAGAUGUUGACGAUAUUCGGCCCUUGACGCCGAACGAUUUUUUGAAUCGCGCGCCAAUUGCGGAUCUACCGGCGGGUGAUUUCUCUCGUGCCUUACCACGGGACCACUACCGGUACGUUCAACGGAUGGCGGACCGCUUCUGGGAGCUGUGGCAUGGAGCAUUCCUGCAGUCCAUGACCUCGCGACGCAAAUGGACAAGACCAGCCCGGAACUUAGCGGUUGGCGAUUUCGUGCUCGACGAUUGGAAGGAUGCACCGCGAGGACGCUGGCGGACCGGAAGAGUUGUGAGAACGUAUCCGGGAAAGGAUGAACUAGUUCGAGCGGUAGACGUCGAGUUUUCUACAGGGAUAUUGCGCCGUGGAGCUAAUCAACUCGCCUUAUUGGAACCAAGCUCACUCGCUCCGGAAGCCGGAUCCAGUUCGGGGGAGAAUGGUUCGGCGGAUGCUGUUUAGCCUUUUUGUUAAUUUUAAUGGCGCCACUUGUCUACCACUGUUUAGCCCUAUUUCCCCCCUUUCCCCUGUCAAUCUAAGUCAUCUUCUUUGUGAUCUCGUCCUUUCCAAUUUUUCUGAACUGAAGUGACUCUUGCCCUGACAGAUAAUUACUUGUAUUCGCGUUUUGAAUAUUGUGACCAAAUUGUUCUGACGUGCAGUCUCAGACGUCGUCGACACAUGCAAUUUGUGACAAGGUGGCAAUUCUCACACCUCCUCCUUUAGGUUGUGUGUGUGUUGUGCCCUAUAUGUGCAUGAGUGUGUCCAGGACGGACCACUCUUAUUUCCAUUUUCCCAUCGAAGACUGGUCCCCAGGAUUGAUGAUGAUGGAUGCCUGAUUGUGUGUCGAUGUUCUGAUUCUGACAGUGACUUGAAGUUACACGACAGACAUUGAUUGCUUUAAAUACAGUCCACUUCUACUUGUCCGACCUCGAGUUAUCA